GUGCGCGCGCGCGCGUUUCUUCUUUUUUUUCUUCUUCCAACCCCGCAGCUCUGGAUGCGGGACCGAGGACGCAUCACACACACACGCGAGCGUUCGCGCGCACGCACACACACACACACACACACACACACACGCACACACACACGCGACGCACACAGUCAUGGAUAAAGCUCACGGACGCCAAGAAGCCACUUUGGAUUUAAUGCGAUGCCGCGGGAUCGAAGUUAAAGGAUGAUAAAAAAGGGGGCGAGCGUUUAAUCCUCCGCAUGAGAAAAGAGGAGAAGAAAAGGCAGAGAUAGAUAGAGAGUGAGUGUGUGUGAGAGAGAGAGAAAGAGGGAGAGGAGGACAGGACCUGGUGCGAUGUCCACUCCGUUUCUGGAGCUCUGUGGAGGAGAGACGAUGCUGGAAUAAAGUCAAAAACCAUGUGGUUCUCCGGCUUGGCACUCCUGACGCUCCCGGCUCUCCUCACCCUGGUGGGCGUAGCGUACACCGCCGAGAAGGUUCCCAUUCUGAACAUUGCCGUGAUCCUGGGAACACGUUACAUCUCGGACCGGGACAUCCGAGCCCUGUGGAGCAAGGACGACCCGAUCGACGUCAACGUGGUCACGCUGCUGGUCAACGAAACGGACCCGAAGAGCAUCAUCACUCAUGUGUGCGACCUCAUGUCCGGGACAAAGAUCCACGGCGUGGUGUUCGGCGACGGCACCGACCAGGAAGCCAUCGCCCAGAUUUUGGAUUUUAUUUCCUCGCAGACGUUGAUACCCAUCCUGGGGAUUCACGGCGGAUCGUCCAUGAUCAUGGCAGAUAAGGACGUGAAGUCGACGUUCUUCCAGUUUGGGGCGUCCAUUCAGCAAGAGGCACUGCUGAUGCUGAACAUCAUGGAGGAAUACGACUGGCACGUGUUCUCCAUUGUGACGAGCAAGUUCCCGGGAUAUCAGGACUUCAUCAUGAUCCUCAAGACCACUGUGGACAACAGCUUCGUAGGAUGGGACCUGCAGCACACCAUCACACUAGACGUGGUGGACGGCGUGGAUGGAGGACGGAGUCAGCUCCAGCUCAAGAGGGUCCAGUCGCCCGUCAUCCUGCUCUACUGCUCCAAAGACGAAGCCGCAUACAUCCUGGAGGAGGCACGCUCGCUUGGGCUCAUAGGUUUCGGAUACAUCUGGAUUGUUCCCAGUUUGACCACAGGCAACCCGGACAUAACGCCCGAAGAGUUCCCGUCCGGUAUGAUCUCCGUCUCGUACGAUGACUGGGACUAUCCUCUGGAAGCGCGGGUCCGAGAUGGGCUCGGGAUCAUCACCACGGCGGCUGCGGCCAUGUUGAAGGAGUUUGGAGACAUUCCUGAAGCCAAGACCAGCUGCUAUGGGCAGAUGGAGAAGGCCAAGCUGCCGCCAAGUGCACUUCACAAGUACAUGAUGAACGUGACCUGGGACGGCCGGGACUUGUCCUUCACCGAGGACGGCUAUCAGGAGAAUCCCAAACUGGUGGUUAUCGUCUUGAACAAGGACCGUGAAUGGGAGAAGAUGGGUAAAUGGGAGAACCGCAGUCUGACUCUGAAGUUCCCGGUGUGGCCGCGCUUCAACUCGUUCGGCGACGCGGAGACGGACGAUAAUCACCUGAGCAUCGUGACCUUAGAGGAGAAGCCCUUCGUGAUCGUGGAGAAUGUGGAGCGUCUGACGGGAACCUGCAUGCGGAACUCGGUUCCCUGCCGCAAGCACAUCAAAGACAAUGCCACUGAAGGAGGAGGAACCUACAUCAAAAAGUGCUGCAAGGGCUUCUGCAUCGACAUCCUCAAGAAGAUCGCCAGAAACGUCAAAUUCACCUAUGACCUAUAUUUGGUGACCAACGGGAAGCACGGCAAGAAGAUCAAUAAUGUCUGGAACGGUAUGGUGGGAGAGGUGGUGAAUAAGAAAGCCGUCAUGGCCGUGGGCUCACUGACGAUCAAUGAGGAACGCUCGGAGGUCAUCGAUUUCUCUGUUCCCUUUGUGGAGACGGGGAUUAGUGUGAUGGUGUCCCGCAGCAACGGCACCGUCUCUCCCUCCGCUUUCCUGGAGCCCUUCAGUGCUUCCGUGUGGGUGAUGAUGUUUGUCAUGCUGCUCCUGGUCACUGCCAUGGCCGUGUUCAUGUUCGAGUACAUCAGUCCUCUGGGCUUUAACAGGAACCUGGCCCAGGGCAAAGACCCUCACGGACCUUCAUUCACCAUGGGCAAGGCCGUGUGGCUGCUCUGGGGUCUGGUCUUCAACAACUCCGUCCCGGUGCAGAACCCCAAAGGCACCACCAGCAAGUUCAUCGUGUCCGUGUGGGCCUUCUUCGCUGUCAUCUUUCUGGCCAGCUACACUGCCAACCUGGCCGCCUUCAUGAUCCAGGAGGAGUUUGUGGACCAGGUGACUGGUCUCAGUGACAAUAAGUUCCAGAGCCCGUACUCCUACUCUCCUCCCUUCCGAUUUGGGACGGUUCCUAACGGCAGCACGGAGAGGAACAUUCGCAAGAACUACCCGGACAUGCACCAGUACAUGGUCAAGUAUCAUCAGACUGGAGUGAUGGACGCACUGGUCAGCCUGAAGACCGGCAAACUGGACGCGUUUAUUUACGAUGCGGCCGUACUGAACUACAUGGCUGGCAGGGAUGAAGGCUGCAAGCUGGUGACCAUCGGAAGUGGCUACAUCUUUGCUACGACGGGUUACGGCAUUGCUUUACAGAAGGGCUCCCCCUGGAAACGCCAAGUGGACCUGGCCAUCCUGGCCAUCAUCGGGGACGGUGAAAUGGAGGAGCUGGAGGCCCAGUGGCUGACCGGAAUCUGCCACAAUGAAAAGAACGAGGUCAUGAGCAGUCAGCUGGAUAUAGACAACAUGGCCGGGGUAUUUUACAUGCUGGCUACGGCGAUGGGUCUUAGCCUAAUCACCUUUGUUUGGGAGCAUCUGUUCUACUGGAGGCUUCGCUACUGCUUCACCGGCGUGUGUUCAGGAACGCCUGGCCUGCUCUUCACCAUCAGCAGGGGUAUCUGGAGUUGCAUUCACGGUGUCCACAUUGACAUGAAGAAGAAGUCGCCUGACUUAGAUUUCAGCCCUCAGGCCAACAUGCUGAAGCUUAUCAAGUCAGCCAAGCAGAUGACAAACAUGACCAACCUGAGCGGUUCGAGGGUUAAUUCGCCCAAACGCAGCGGCGAGUUCAUGCAUUCGGCCGGCCCUAUGAUCAUGGAUCUGAUGUCGGAGAAAGGAAACUUUGUCUACACCGAUAACCGAAGCUAUGCUCAAAAAGAUAUCUAUACCGACUCCAGUGAAAUCCAGAGUUACCUGGCUAACCGGCACAAAGACCACCUGAACAACUACAUCUUCCAGGGCCAACACCCACUUACGCUGAAUGAGUCCAACCCCAACACCGUAGAGGUGGCUAUGAGUGCAGAUGCAGCUCAAACUGCUGCCAAACCCAGGGCUCUUUGGAAAAAGUCUGUGGAUACGUUACGGCAAAGCCAGACACCUGACAUGCUCGUUCCAGACCCCCGGCUGUCAAUGAAGAGUCAGCGCUACCUGCCAGAGGAGGCAGCCCACUCUGAUAUCUCUGAGUGCUCAAGCAGAGCCGCCUCUUACAAGGAUCCUGAGAACAACAAGCACCUGAAGCCCAAGGACAGCUUAAAAAAAAGAUCGAUGACGUCAAAAUACCCUAGGGAUUGCAGCGAAGUAGAGCUGUCCUACUUAAAAAAUAAGCAGGGCGGAACAGGACGAGAAAAAAUCUACACCAUAGACUCUGACCGGGAGCUGAGUCUGCACUCGGAACCCAUGCAUUACCGAGAAAACAGAGGCCUUGCGGCCGACGAUUUGGAUUUCCCCGAAAUGUAUUCCGACCAUAAUGACAACUAUCGAAAGUGUGACCAGCCCAUCAUCCAUUUGAACAGCAGCCCCCUUCAUCAUACUGAUGUGGACCUCCUGCCAGACAAUGUCUUCAACAAGCAUUACAGCUUGAAGGACAAGAACCUCAGUCCACAAGAGAGCAACGAUCGCUACAAACAGACACACUGUCGGAGUUGCCUGUCAAAAGUACCCAACUACGCGACAGGACCGUACGGGCCCAUGCGCUCACCUUACAACCGCUGCGAGGCUUGCAUACACAUGUGCAACUUGUAUGACAUUAGCGAGGAUCAAAUGUUGCAGGAGGCCAUGAUCAAUCCCAGCAUUCAGCAAGCAGACGACUUGUUCAGCAAUUACUGGCCCCAGACGGAUGGGCCUCACGUGCAGAAGAGGAACAAGCUACGGCUCAGUCGUCAGCACUCUGUCGACAACAUCAUGCUGGAGAAACCCAAAGAGGUUGACCUCAACAGGCCGGCACGUAGCGUCAGCCUCAAAGAGAAGGACCGCCUCCUAGAGGACGGCUCGUUUGCGAACCUGUUCAGCAAGUCCGACAAACUGUUUGGCAGCAGGUCCAUGCUCUUUAACCACAACCUGGAGGAGAGCAAGCGCAGCAAGUCGCUUUACCCCGAUCAUACGACGGACAACCCCUUCAUGCAGGCAAUACGUGAUGACACGCGCCUGGUCCAUGGCAGGAGCUCGUCUGACAUUUACAAACAAUUUGCUCCUAUCAAAGCCAGGAAUGAAAACAAUCUGAGGUCGUCUGUCAAGUCCACCGCUUCAUACUGUUCCAGAGAUGGUCGAAUACCCAAUGACUUGUAUAUUUCAGAGCAUGCGAUGCCUUAUGUAGCCAACAAGACGAGUGCAUACUCAGCUCCUCGGGUCCUCAGUUCUUCUCAGUUUAGCAAUAGACGAGUGUAUAAGAAAAUACCUAGCCUUGAGUCAGAUGUUUAAUGCUCUGUUGUUGUAUAAUUUAAAAAAUAAUGAUUCACUUAGGGCGCCAUAGUGGGCCACAUGUUUAAAAGGAAAAAAAACUGCUAAGUACUCAAGUACUCAGCUAUUACUUUUUUCAUAUAUCAGUAGUCAUCCUUCUGAAUAGCGCUUGCCAAAGGUUUUCAGCAUUUGUUAUUUACCCUGUAGGAAAGCAAACAUUUCCUGGGCAAGCUAUGAAAGCCCAGUUUGUCAGGUUCCAUGCUGGGGAAACUGGGUCCAGGGUUGGCUGUCCUACAGUCAACUUAGAGGCGUGUGUAUUAUUUAAAAAAAAGGCAUUUACCAAGACAGAUGGACCACUUUUGAAGCAGGCAAGAUUGUAGCCUAGCCAUGGCGCUUUAGAAAUUGUUUACUGAAUAAAACUUUAGGCAAGCAAGGAGUGUCUGAACAACAGGAAGCGUAACAUUGUGUUGCUUUUAUUAUCUAUUACUAUAGAGUUGGGAUUCUCGGCAUUCUAAUCCCUAUUUAGUCCUUUAGAAUUUUAGCUUAUGUGGUAGCACAAUAAUCAUUAGUUACCCUGAUGUCCCUGCUUUUUAAACUUCUCAAUUACUGGCAGGAAGAUUCUUUUGCACGUAUUAACUUCUUGAUUUAUGUAUUGAUUUCAUUUUAUUAGUAAAUACAACUCAUUGCCGUUGACACGAAAUAAUGUUGAUGACAGAUUUAAGCUGGUUGUGCCGGCGCAAUAAAAGCUUGACCUGUACCAAGUAAGUCCGUUUGACCGUUUGACCCAUUCCCCCACCCCCCUUUCCCUCCCCCUCCCCCCCUUCAAUAACAGGGUAUUGACGUUUGUUUUUUUUGGGUUGUCUGUAGACUGAACAUUUGAACUUGUGCAAUGCAUUACAUUGAGUACUUGAGUGCACUGUGAAAUCAGAGCAUUACUGAAUGACUGUUGUUUACUUUUUGCUGUGUGGCUGCAAUGUGUCUUACCAUCAGGUCAGUUCAAAAUAGCUCUGAAACUUUAGAUACAUUUAAAGCUGAAUGCUGGCUACCACCAAGUUACCUGUUUGUUAGUUAUUAAAUUAAAAAUAUUGAAUACUCAGGCAAUGUUAGGAGUUCUGUGAAUGGAAAAGUUUCCAUGCUAUAGUCCAUCAUGCAUAAGAAUUCAAAACAUCAACCAGAAAUUUCUAGAAAAGUUCCCUUUAGAGUUCUGAAAAAAGAAGGUAUUUCUGGCUUGGGCCAUUGACCUGAAAUCAAGCUGAAGCACCUUCCUGGCUGGUGUUAGGAUAUUCUGAUUGUCUCAAAAUGAUGUCUUCAGAAAUGAACCUCUUUAUCCAGAGGUCUAGAUUGGGCUAUUCCGAUUGAAUUACUAAUAAACUGGCAACUUGGUGCACGCUUGAAGAUGGCCGAACGAAUGGUUAAAACCUCUUAAGAAAUAAAAAAAUGCAUUCUA